CUACCAAACUCUGAAACUCAUCAUCUUACUUUAAAAACCCAACCCUCGCCUCCUCAAAAAUUGAUCCACUCACUAACACUUUUUCCCUUAUAUAUUCCGGUGAUUGAUCUUGAUCUUGUGUAUGAUCAAAUAGUGUGACAUAUAUAAAGUAGUAUUGAUCAUAUAAUGGCUUGCAAGCAACGGCGUCGUUUCGGGCGGUUCUUCUAUGUUUCGGUGGUGGUUAUGGUUAUAAUAGCCGCCAGUUUUGCUAGUACUUGCGGCGGUUCCGGCGUAGGGCACAUGCCGUCCACAACCGAAGAAGGCGGUGACUUCGAGGAGGUUAAGGAGAGGGCACAGCAGACGCAGAACAAGGCGGCGGAGACGGCUAAAGAGGCCAACGAAGCUUCGGAGACAUGGACGGAAUGGGCCAAAGAGAAGAUCUCUGAAGGCUUAGGGUAUAAUAAGGAUGCUGACGCCAAAGAUGCGCCUAAGAAAGCUUCCGAUACUGUCUCUGAUACUGCCAAGAAGAGCAAGAUCCAGGAGGUCGCUUCUGAGACUGGUGAGUACAGCGCGGACAAGGGAAGAUCGGCAACAGAGAGAGCAGCCGAAACAAUAAGCGAAGCCAAGGAGAAGGCCUACGACUCCGCAAAAGCCGCAAAAGAGAAGGCCUACGAGAGUGCUCAGAAGGCAAAGGAGAAGGUUUACGACGCGACCGGCGCGGCAAAGGAAGUCAAGGACAAGAAGGCAGGCAAGACAUUGAACGAGACAACAGAGAAGGCAAAGGAGAAGGCGGAGGAAGCGGAGGAGGAGAAGGGAGAGGAGGGCUAUGGUGCUGCCACGAAGGACAAAACGCAACAUCUCAAGGAUAAGGUUGCCGGCGGUGGCCGAGGGAGGGAUGAGGAGCUCUGAUGAGCUUAAUUUUGAGAUCAAUAAGGCGUACUACCAUGCAUUAAUAUAUGAUACGUAAUCCCUUUAAAUAUUUUGCAGGCAUGUUUUGGUUUUGUUUUGACGCGCGUCUUUUUAUAUAUAGGGUGCAUGAAUGUGUCUUGUGUUAUCAUGUUAUUCUAUGUUACGAAUAAUUUUUCCUUUCGACUUAUUUUGCGAGUACUAUAUAUGGUUGGUUUAUGACAAAAGACAUCAUGGAUGGACUGUUUUGGAAUGGAUCUGUCAGUGAUCCAAUACAUGAGUUCAUUACAACUUC